UUAGAGCCUGUUGCUAAAUUAGGCCCGCUGCGUGCUGUGUCUUUUCCCCAAAGUCUACCAAAUCUCUCCCCGAAGUUUCGCAGAUUUAUCUCAAAAUUCCCCUAAAUAUUAUUUAGUAAUGAGUAAUGGAGGAGGCCAUGGUCCUGGUCUAGAACACCAGUUUGCUGCCUUAGACAUUAAGGAUGGAGGACGACCUGAAGCAAAGCGAUACAUUCCGCCCCACAUGCGCCAGGGAGGGGAAGUGAGUAACAGAGGUGGUUUCCCCAGCUAUCCAGGCAGGGGAAACUUCAACAACACCUUCAACAGAGGCCCACCUGGACCACCACCAGUGGGUAACUUCCCCAACCCAGGCGGUUUUCCUCCUACCCAAGACUUUGGCGGUGGCUACAAUCGCAGCGGCGGGGGCUCCACCCGCGGCAACUUCCGUGGCAACUACCGCGGCGGCAGCAACGAUCGCGGAGGGUACAACGACCGCGGCGGUGGCGGUUACAACAGCCGGGGCGGCUUCAGCAACCCGCCCUCCUUCGAUCGCAACCGGGGAUUCCAGGACCGAGGAGGGUUCAACAGCCAAGAGCAACCCUUCAACAACCAGUACAGCGGCCGGAACUUCGGAAGCUUCAAUCGUGGGGGCGGCGGUGGCGGCAGCAGCUUUGGAGGAGGGCGCUCUGACAACUGGGGUGGCAGCAACGGGGGAAAGGCGUUCCAGAGAAGCCGAAACUGGAACAACGACGAUUCGUACAGUCGCGGCCGACCAGAGGAGAUCUCUGAAGUGGAUUGGACCAAGCCGCUGCCAAGAAAUGAACGACUGGAACAUGACCUUUUCGGAUCUUCCAACACUGGUAUCAACUUUGACAAGUAUCAAGAUAUUCCGGUCAAGGCCACAGGGGAAGACGUUCCGGAAAAGAUUUCCAAUUUCGCCGACAUCAAUCUUGGGGAGAUUAUCAGCAGUAACAUUACCCUGAGUAACUACGCCAGCCCGACUCCAGUACAGCAAUAUGCCAUCCCUAUCAUCAAGGGAAAGAGAGACCUCAUGGCGUGCGCCCAAACAGGCUCUGGUAAGACGGCCGCCUUCCUGGUGCCCAUCUUAUCACAGAUCUACGAGGGUGGACCCUACAAGUCCACAUCCGGAACUGGGACCAAUCGCCGUAAGCAGUUCCCGCUGUCGCUGAUUCUGGCCCCGACCAGAGAGCUGGCCUCACAGAUCUACGACGAAGCUCGCAAGUUUGCCUACUGUUCCCGCGUGCGUGUGUGCGUGGUCUACGGUGGCGCGGACAUCAGCAACCAGAUGCGCGACUUGGACAACGGCUGCCACAUGCUUGUGGGUACGCCGGGACGACUCGUGGAUAUGAUGGAACGCGGCCGCGUCGGAAUGGACAACAUCAAGUGGCUGGUUCUGGACGAGGCUGAUCGCAUGCUUGACAUGGGCUUUGAGCCGCAGAUCCGUCGCAUCGUGGAACGAGACACCAUGCCCAAGACCGGGGAACGUCAGACCCUCAUGUUCAGUGCCACCUUCCCUAAGGAGAUCCAGAUGCUGGCCCGAGACUUCUUGGACAACUACAUCUUCUUGGCGGUGGGCCGUGUGGGCAGCACCAGCGCCAACAUCACCCAGAAAGUGGUCUGGGUGGAGGAGGGCGACAAACGCUCCUUCCUCCUGGAUCUGCUAAACGCAGCAGGUAAAAAAGAAAACAUCCAAGGGCCGUCAUCGCUGACCCUCGUUUUCGUGGAGACCAAGCGCGGCGCCGACGCCCUGGAUGACUUCCUGCAGAUGCAGGGCUAUCCGGCGAGCAGUAUCCACGGCGACCGCUCGCAGCGUGAACGCGAGGAGGCGUUGAGGACCUUCCGUACUGGGAAGACUCCCAUCCUGGUUGCUACGGCUGUGGCAGCUCGUGGUCUUGACAUUCCCAACGUCAAGCAUGUCAUCAACUUUGAUCUGCCCGGGGACAUCGAAGAGUACGUUCACCGUAUCGGCCGUACCGGUCGUGUUGGCAACCUCGGCUUGGCCACGUCGUUCUUCAACGACAAGAAUCGUAACCUGGCCCGUGACCUGGCUGAGCUGAUGGUGGAAACCAAGAUGGACCCUCCUGCCUGGCUGGAGACCAUGGUCUUCGAGGCCAAGCAGAACUUCUCCGGUAAACGUGGACGCAAGAACUUUGGCGGUGGCGGCUUCGGCUCUCGUGACUACCGCCAGGCCAACCGUCCCCGUGGCGGUGGUCAGCAGGGGAUUGCUUUCGGGGGCGGGCACCACGGACACACCCAGGUCCCGUUUGCCGCCUUCCCCCAGUACCAGGCCUCCUACGGUGGCAGCUAUGCCCAGCCAAACAGCGGCAGUAGCACGGACUGGUGGGGCAACUAAACACCCCAACGGUCGGAGACAGAAACGGUAAGAAACAUUCAGGGUUGAUGGACCAUUCCUGAGAAAAAAAAAGUGAACUCACACCAGAAUCUUUACAAGCUGAUAAGUGCUUUCCAAAAAGAAGUAUGAAUGUUAAAAAAAAAAGUACCAGUCAGUCCUGGAUAGGACUUAACAACUAUAUAAAAUUGGCAAAAAGUUUUGAUGGGAUCUGGUUAUUUGUGAAAAUUUUUCACCAGGGAAACGCUUCUGUGGUGUGUCGUGAAAUAUCAUGGCAUCACCAGAUUAAAUGUGAGUUUAUUAAAGAAGAAAAAAGGAGACCAAUUUUAUUUCUGAGUUUUAUUUGGAAAGCUCAGGAAUGUCACGUGAUCCAAGAAAAUGUUUUAGAGAGAAAACCUCAGUAAAUGAUGAUUGAGGAUAAAUUUAUAUUUAUCGCCAAAAAAAUUGAAAAACAGGAUGAACCAAAAAAAACCCAAAAAACACUUACAAAAGUACAUCUUAACAUUUGACGUUAAGGACUGUAAUAAGAAUAUGUAUGACGCAGUCGGACGUCAUAAAGACUGGUACCUGGCACUGAUACCCUGAAUGUAAGAUAGACGAUGACAGUGGAACCAGACAGGACAGGUGGCAAGGAAGAAUCACCUGUUUGUCAUUAAAUAAUUAAUUAAUUAAUUAAGUGGAUGUUAAACUUUAACGCAUAGUUGAUGUUUUUUGCCGUAGUUUUUUUUUUCCUCUAGGAGUUGUGUUAGUAAUGGCCCCUGCAGCAUGAGUGUUGAUUAUUGUUUUAAGAUAUAAAAAGUAGCUGACUUGAAGAAGUGGAUUAAAGGUAACAUUUGAUUGAAGUCGUUGUUUAUCGAUGACACUAAUGAGUAAUUUAAAUAGUAGGACGCACAAAGUGGCAACGCCUACUCAAAUGAAGCAAUAUUGGAGGGGAAAAAACUGUGACUUUUUUGAGAAAAAUAAUAACUGAGAUGUGAAAUAUCCGCAGACUAAUGUAUUCACAUACUUAAUUUUUGUCACAUUUGAAAAUGAGACAUUCAUUCCAGAAACCAACAAUUAUUGAGGUGAUUUAACUGUUUAAAAACUAAUUUGGACUAUAUUUCAGCCAUGAUCCACUCGGAACCUGUGGUGUAAUUAUAAUCGAAAUGUAAGACCUAAACUUUAGUAUAGUUGGAGUGUUCCUGUAUCGAACAACUCCAGUAACUGUUCAAAUUUUUUCGUGCAUGCUUUUUUGUUUUCUUUUUCUGUGUUUCUUUGUUCUGCAGGGGCCGUAGUUGUUUUAUUUGGUGUUUAUUGUAUUUAUAAUCGGUGCAUAUUCUGUUGUUCCAUACGUUGUUUUUUUUCAAGGAACUCUCCAAAAGAUGGAAAUAAGAAACCAAAAAGAAGCGUUUUUCGAUUUUCGUCUCGUAAAAAAAAAAAAUUGGAUGAGUGCUUUGAGCUGUCGCCCACAAAGAUGAGCAAAAAAUCAUUGUAAUUUUUUUUAACAUACCAAAGGUAUCCAACAUUUUAAAUCAUACUUUCGGUUUUGUAUGUUGACAACAUAAAAAAAAUGGUCAACUAUCUCAAGGACAACAAGAGAAACUUAAACUUUCGACUUACAACAAAUUCUGACAGAAAGACAUCCAGUUUUUGACUGGACGACCACAUGAAUGAAUAGCAACAGACGUUGCAUUUUCAAACUGAAGUGUUUUCCAUCUUUUCGCUUCGUUGUGAAAAACAAAUUUAAAAUGAGAAAGUAUUGUUCAGCCUGUAUAUUUUUAUUUAUAAAUGCAGAUUGUCAAAUUUGCAUAUUCGGCAUUUUUACAUGACUACAUAGUAAAAAGAAUUGUGCUGUUUAACGAAAAAGGUUUUUGCCAAUGCUCAAGAAAGAUUUCCAAGUUCAAGAUGCUUAUUCAAGUUGGCUGACGUCCAGAAAGUUGGUCUUAGAGCAUUUAAUAGAGAGCAUGAUCUGAUAAUUAAAGGGCCAAAUCCAUCAUUUUCGAGCCAGGAAAAACAAAGUCAAAGUAAGAUGUCAUUCUCAGGUUUGGUAAUUCCAUGGUUCUGUUACUUUUUUUUUUACCGUUUUUUGAAUGAUGAGAAUGACAUCAUCAUGACAUCAUACAAUGACCGUUAUGUUCGGGGAUACUCUCUCCGUCCCGAACGCAACGGUCGACCGAUUUUUGUGAUUGGCCUGGCCCUUUAAUGACCUCCCAAUCGGGCCCACACAAUGCUGAGUAUAUUUGGGUCUUUGCUUAAUAAUCGGUUUAUCCAAAUAAGAGACUAACCUCCGGUCUCAAAAGAAAAGAAGUGUGGCUUUUGAGUAGGAAUUUCCUGCCUCCGUUUUGAAGCAACUAACCGAGGCACGUCAUAACUUUGUAGAAAGAUUUGUACGACCGACCUCACAAAUUUGGUCUGUGUACAUUUUUUGUUAAACAUUUUUAAUCAAAGGGAGAAAAACUGUAUUAAAUAACCAUUUGUAAGUGCAAAGAUGUUUUCUGAGAGAUAUUUAUCAGUCAAAUUUCAUUUCUCGCACUGGAGACAUCCAAAGAUAGACUGGGAUUUUUUUGUAUUCUCUCAACGUAGAAGGUUUUUUUGUAAAUGGACCUCCAGUUAUUUAAUUGAUCAAUUUUCGUACUCUGAUGUUAAGUUAACGAUGGUAUAUUAAUGGAAUUUGACACUUACUACUACUUAGCAGACAGGGUUUUGGCAAUUGUAUUUAUAUAUCUUGAGACAGGAGUUAUAAACUUGUUUUUAAGAAGUCUUCAGGUAUUUCUCAAAUGUGAAAAAAAAGGACAACAGAUCUUAUUGAGAAUUAGAGUUUUUGGUGCUUUUAACCUGAACUCUGGAUCAAAAUUUGAUAGUAUUAGUUGUGUGUAUAUGAUGCAGAGUGGCAGUUAUAUUCAAGUCCAUCACUAGUCAAUCACAAGUCAAAUAAGUUCGGUCACAAGUAACGAGGAUAAACAACGGUCCUUGUCACAGAUCAUGUGCAUAAUUUGUCGCAUGAUUUGAUGAUUAUUUGCAUAAGUUGUCACAUGAUUUGAUGAUCAUUUCCAUAACUUGUCACAUGAUUUGAUGAUCAUUUGCAUAACUUGUCACAUGAUUUGAUGAUCAUUUCCAUAACUUGUCACAUGAUGUGAUGAUCAUUUGCAUAACUUGUCACAUGAUUUGUGACUGACUUGUGAGGACUUUAGAAAACGUGACAACUCUAAAACUAUUUUUUUUUGGCUGCACAAGGCUACAUCAGCUGUGUAGUGUGCUGUCACACACCACUAUUUUUACACAGCGAAAGGAAGGAAUAAUAUUUGACACAGUUUCAGAAGAAACAAAAAAGAGAGAGAAAAAGCAUAUUUUUUAUAAGCUCAUUUCCCUGUGCCUUUGAAAAAAGAAAUCUUUGAUAGCUUGGUUAAAAAAGUGAGGGAAAUCACAUAAAAUGGGAACAAAGUUUUUGUUUUUAUCUUUCUACCAAAAAAAUCAACACUGUGGCACAUCGUCACUGUUCCCUGAUGCAAUAUUAUAAAGAAAUGACACAUAUAACAAAGUGCUAAGAUGCAUUUGGAAGAAAGGAUGAGAGAUCGUAUAACAAUUCGACUAGAUUAACUGUAAUAAGAUAUUUUUUUGUUGUACAUAUAAUAAUCAAUCACAGAUAGAAAAGGAAAAGAUGUACAAUGUUAUUAGAUUGAAACACUUGGCCCCGCACGCACAAACUCAGGACUCGUCCGCCGGUUUUACAAACAAAAAGUGUUACGAAAAAAUUUAGCUUUUUUGUUUAAUCACAAUGGCUACGUUUUUUCAAGAACCUGUUUGCCUUUAUAGUGGUUGCCGAUUUUCUAUACUUCAUUGUGGCAAUGCUUAUUUAUUGCAUGUACAUGUUUUUACCCCAUUGUAAAGCAUUUGUCCCCUUUUGAUUUUUUUUCCAAAAAAAGCAGCCUUUGAAAAAAGGAAGCAGGCAGGAACGCCAAAGAUUUUUUUAAUAUUUUUUUCCCCCACUGCCUGGGGUAUAAAAAAGUUUGCAAUAUUAUUUGACCUCGCACUCUAUACAAAUGAAUGUAUUGAAGUUGAAUCCUUUCAAAAAUUCUGAAUCAUUUAGAGUACUUUACACUAGUUUUGCUCUUUUUUUAUAUUUUCAUUCCUGCCAAGGUUGUUUUUAUGGAGGGGGCGUUUAUCAGGGAUUAUAAAAAUUUGGGAAUAGGAGAAAAUCCACUUCUCUCCACACACUGUAUGUGGAAAACAAUGUUCAUAACGCGUAAUAAGAGGAAUUUUUUUAAUGUCUCUGGCAAAUUGUAAGUUACCAUAAAAAUUGGGACAUGGUGUUUGUAAAUAAUUUAGAAAAAAAAUAGUUCGCUGGAAUCGAACAUCUCUUAUGUGACGGCUGUUUAAUUAACUACCAGUACCAGGAUUCGAUAUGUUUGAAUUAUAGUGCUGAACUGACUUUUUAUAAUGAACGGACAGGAGAAUUUUGAAGAGUUUUACCGCAACUUUACUUUUUUUUUGUCCAUUUAAAAAAUAAUUUUUGAACACAAGACAAUUUUUUACUCAUUGAAAUUGUCAGAGACAUUUUCUUCCUUUUUAUACGCCUGUUAAAAAGAAAAUUAUUUAAGUAUUUGUAUAAAAGCGAAACACCUCACAGCAUUCUGUAGACCUUUUGAUAAAAAAAAAUCGACUUUUUUCCAUGAGCCAGAUUUUUUAUAGCAUCUGUGAUAUAUGUAUCUAAUAUUUAUACAAGUUUUGUGUUUUUCCAAUAUGUAAAUUGUUUUGUUGUCUGAAAGGAAGCUCUUACACAAAGACGAGUGUGAAGGAAAAUGUGUGUGCUGGUUCGAGAGUGGGGGAUGUUUUUGUGAAGAUUUUUUUUGGUGUGAUUACUGCGGGACAUUCCUUUCCCGUGUUGGACAUGGGAAAACCUAAGUGCAGUAAUUUUUUUUUUCAGGUUUAACUUUUUAGGUGUUUGUUACCGCUUUGCCUCAAAAUGAGCCCUGUUGGUAGGCUGAAUUACUUUCGAGCAUAAAGAAAACGAAGACAAUUUCAAAAAAAAAAUAUCAACUUUUUAAUUUUAUGCUAGAUGCAGCAGGAAAAACUUCAGCUCAAUUUGGUUCUUUAACAAAAAAUAUUUCUUUUUGUUUUGUUUUUUAGAAAGCUUGUUGCAAUAUUACAAAAUAGGAAUUCCCUUCUAAAAAGAGUUGACAUGUCCCUAUACCAUGCAUGCACUGCAGUCUUAGGAACAAACAGUUUUUAGCUGUUCAAUUUCCGAGGAAAAAAAACAACAGAUUUCCAAAUAAGCUAUUUUUUCUUUCUUACCUUCGAACAUUUUUGUUAGAAGUCCGCAGUUCCAGUACGUACAUGUAUAUACUUUGUACAAAUAAUGUCAGUAUUGCACAAAACAACCAUUUUCUUUAAGUGGGUAUAGUGCUUCCUGUGCCCGAAAAAACAUAAAAGCCUUAUAAGCAGUGCAGUAUUAAUAAUGGGUUUAAAGAUGAGCUCGUGUGCUAACUAACAACGUAAGCUUAAGAAACUGUAAUUUUUGUGCUUUUUUUAAUCUUCAACUUUUUGGAUUUGUUUUUAUUCUGAUUUGUUCGCACCCACCCCGUAAAUUUAUCCUAGGGCACUGGAAAGGGCAAAGAAGCCAUCUUUUACCAAAGGCCAUAUGGCGGUGUUUUUUUUGCGAUGACAAUUUUGCUAUGACAUCUAAUUUAACAUGCUUAGAAGGUGCCUGCUUGAUUAGAUUCUGGUUUCAAAGUUUAUCACUGAGUAAAAUGAGUAAAAUAAGUAAGAAUAUUUGACUGCAGCUCUUUUGUUCGGAACGCACAUUGCGUGCCAGCUGGCUUAAUAUCUCUAUAUUUUUUAUUAUUUUGAUGUUUUUUAGUUAUUUCUUUAAACCGGUCGGGUGCAGUUCGUCACAGGACUUUCUUUUUCAUGACUAAUUUCUAGGUGUGACUGUUCCGCCCAUUGGCCGAUCAACCGGGGCAUUCACAGUGUGAUUCCACCCAUGUCAACAGCGACCUUGAUGCACAGAACACAAAGUUGUUCUCCAUGUGCUUCCAGUGCCAUUUCCAUCACCAUAAAAACAUGGUGUUUGAUUUGUUUUUUCCUGAAAUUUUCCGCAAAAAAAGGUGCUAUCUGUCUAAUUAGAAACCGUAGGACAGGCGCUCAGUAGUAUUAAAGCAUUUUUUUUCAAGCAAUUGUUUACCUUUGAAAAAAUGGAUAGAUCGCCUUCGAUAGUUGAAGCAUUUUGUGUACAAAGUCUUUGUACAUGUACAUGUAUACAGUUUCUAGUUCUUAGAAAAUAUCAGUUAUAGGGCUUGUGAAACAAGAUCGGAUUUUUGGCUUCAGUAAAUAGUGGAGGGUUUUUUCCUUCAGAUUUUGGCUUGUAAGUAGGGGAAUAUUGUUAAGGUUGGGUUUGGUAACUGACAAUUGUUUUUUUUUUCCUUUACAGCCAAGAAGUUAAGUUUUGGAACGUUACGGUGCCUUUCGAACAAACAAUCGUACAUUCUUAUUUUAAGAUGGUCGCUCCAGUUUCUACCUUAAUCUUGCCCAUUAAAGUACUGUACAAUUUUGCAGGUUUUAAAAUUUUUACUAACUAAGAAACUGUAGAUUUAUACCUCAUUUUUUUUUAUGAGACAAAUCACCAAGUUCAAAGAUUGUACAAUUUCUCAGGUGUAUCACUGCUCAAGUUCAAAUUGAACAAGGCUAGUGUAGUUUAAAAGUUGGACAAUUCAGUGUGAAUUGAAUGCUCAGAGUAAAUUGAACGUUCUUUGUGUGCAAUUUACAGAACAUGGGGUACAAUCAACACUUUGGACAUUUAGUGUAAAUCUUACACGCACAAGUGUUUACUUUACACUAAGUAGUGUACAGUAAUGCUAAGGAGUGUAUAUAUUACACAAUGUUGUGUAAAUUCGACACUGCAUACGCCAUUGAAACAUGUACAUAGAUACCAUUUAUUUUUAAUGAAUUUUUGGACCAAUUGUGUAGAAGCCAGCGAUUUCAUACUUAAAAUAUGAAAUUCAAACAAGUUUCAGAGCAGUAAGGAAAAUUGUACUCGUACAACUCCCAGAAUUGUGUUCCUGGAUAUUUUUUAAUGUACAUUCAAAGGAUGACUAAUCUUUUGAUAACUGCACAAUUUGGCUUUGAAUAAAAACAUUUAACAUUUUAUCAUGAGCCAGCACUUUUUAUACUUUAUCCCGCAUGUGGAAACUGUUGAAGAUAUUUCUUGCGGUAGUGUUUCUUACGGACCAAACUAUUUGUAAUAGUAACUUUAACUUAGUUGUGCACACAACUAAGAAACUUCAACCAGUGAUACAAAAGGCGCUUUACAAUUCAAAAUAUCUAUAUGUGUGCCAUACGACUGGAAUUUUUAGGUUAAGGUUGAGUGUGUGACAUAUUUUAACGCUUCUUUUUUAUCCUUUUUUCUUCUUAUUUUUUCUGAAGAAAAACAAGUGCUCCAAUGAGUAUAGAUACAUCCAUGCAAUGCUCGUAAAAUAUGUCCAAAGUGUUAUGUGUGUGAAAUUUGAGUGGUUUGAUUGAGUAUGUUGCAGGUAUUCAAAGUUUAGCUGAGGUUUCCUUCAUUUUUUUUCAUUUUUUUGAGGAUGAUAAAAGUUGAACAAUAUGUACUGUACUUUUUCUAUUCAUAAAGAAGAUAUUUGAUGUUGAAUCGUUCAUAUUGUACCGUUGCAAUGAAUAUAAGUAAAUUUCAACAUCAAUCACUUGUAUUUUUUUUGUUUUUGUUUUUUUUUGGAAGAGAAAAAUAAGCAUUGUAAACUUGUUAAACGUAAAUCGCUGAUUAUUUAUUGGAAAAAAUGCUGUGAGGUAUUCCUUUUUAAUUUAUCCAAAAAUCUGUAAAAAAAAAAAUAAGACAGAAAUCUGUGUACAAAAAUAUUGUCCUUUCGAGUGCGGGGCAAGUGUGUGCGUGAACAAAACCAAAACUUACGAGUGUAGGAAUUCCAAGUGUGAUUGAAAAUAACAUAUUUUUUUUUCUAAAUUUUAACAUCCAGUUGUUGACAGGGAUAGCUGUAUACAAAAUGUUAUUCAUAAACGAGAGAGAACAUAUACAACUGUAAAAUGAGUAUUAUUAUUCCUGUGUCUUCUACUUAGCCAAAGAUUUGGGAGAGAGAGAGGUUGGAAACUAGACUUUGUAUAUGUAUCUUAUAUGACGGAAGUCUUUUCUAAUAUACUCAGCACAAGUGCCCGAGGGAGAGUAACCAUGCUAUUUUUUGGUUUUAAUUUAAUUUUUGUGUUCAGGCGACAUGGGACAACAGAGUUGUGUAGUAUUACUACUAUUAUACCUAUUGUUAUUAUUGAGAAUUUAAGAAAAAAAAGUAAUGAGCAUUUUCAUAUAGUGUGCUUUUGCUGUUAUUUGGUCUUGCAUUGUUCAAUAUUUGGGGAGACUUACUGAGAAAAUGUAUUGCAUUAUGAAAAUGUGUUUGGGAAACUAAUGAAAAGUUAAGAUGUGCAAGUACGAGUAUGUGAAGUGCAAGGUGAAGUUAUUCAGCCAACAUGAAAAUAAGAUGGUAUUUUUCUUACUUCCAUACGUCGAAACUUUACAAGAUUAUUGUUCAUGUUGAAACAUAAGUAACAUCCGAAGUGCAAAAGUUAAAAGCCCGAAUGUUCUUUCAUGCAUUUUAAGACCAUAAGUUUCGCCUUGUAAACAAAAAAAAGAGUCGUAUUUCUAGGAAAGUAUAACUUUGCCUUGAAUUUCUUGCGAAAUAAAUUAGAAAUAGACUGAUGAAAAUUUCACAUUUUGCAUCGUAUUUAUGCGAAGACAAUGUAAAGAAAAUGCCAUCCAUUGUGUCCUCCGUGCACCGCCAUCUUGGUCUAGUUUCCUGAACGAGUUAGUACUGUGAACUGGACAUCUUCGUCAUGGGCACCAGUCUGUUUUUAGGUACGAGCCUAAAUUAUUUUUUUAGACUCGUGUGUAAAAAAAAAAAAGAUUGCUGAAAAAAAACAAACAUGGAUGGCAUUUUCCACACCUUAGAAUUGAGGGAAAACAAAGUGAAAAAUGUGUUUCCCCUCUUACAACUAAAGAAAAAAGUGAAAUAACUGAUGGAUAAUACAGAGGAAUUCAUUGAAAUAAUGAGGGCAUGUUCACAUUGUUAACGAUGUAUCUUCACCGAUAUUUGUACUGAAUAAAAAGUGAAGUAGUUGCAAAAGCAAA